CAGGUGGUGAGGGAGGACCUCCAUGUCCUCGGCAGAGUGGGAGGGGGAGUUGAAAUGUUGGGCCACAGGGCUGUUUUUAUGCUAAUCCGAAAAUACCUGUCCCAUUUGUAAAAGGGAAUCUGAUCUUUUGAUCUGUAAAUAGAAACAGAAAUCGAUACUUUGUUUCACUGUUUAUUGGGCUUUCUACUGUACGUUGCUUAGUGUAUAUUUUUCUUUGAUAAAGUAUUGCUGAUGGAAGUCCCCUUUUCUCCACGUCAAUUGUGUUUCACUGCGUGACUUUAUAGAAUCGAAACCGAAACUGAUCACUUUAAAACACGGAGAAGUGGGGAGCCAGCGUUCAGUUCCAGUAUCCGCUAUCGCAUAGCUGUUCAACAUGAGCUCCAGCGAGUGUGAGCAGGGGCGAGAGCAGCAGCAGUUGAUGCUGAUCGAUUGUUUCCGCAACCGCUUGGUCGCGACCAUCCAAGUGGAGCCAGUGCUGGACUUCAUCACGUUCGUGGAAGAGGCCGAUAAAGAGGAGAUCCGGGCCAUGAAACUGCAAAAAGGCAACCAGGCUGCUGUCAAUCUGCUACUCACCAAGAUCACCAGGCAGCCCCCUGCAGCGGGCUGGUUUGGAGAGUUUAUCACUGCCCUGAGGGAAGGCGGUUGUUCUCACGCCGCUGAGUAUGUGCGUCUCGAUACAGAUUACGGUAUAUCGCCAUCACUGGAAGCCCAAAAUGACCUGGAGGUGAAACUCAUCGACAUCUUGGCCCCAAGUUUAAUCGACAAGCUGCUACCCUUUGACAUUUCUGUGUAUUGCUUUACCAGUGGCAUUUUGACCCAAGAUGACGUGGAGAAUAUUAUGAGUGAAACUAAACAAAAUGGAAACAGAGCAGGAGCCCGGAAAUUAUUGAGUAGAUUAAUUAUGAAACCUCCUGGUUGGUUCUCCACAUUUUUGGGGAUACUACACAAGACUGAACAUGGGGAUCUUGCAAACUUAUUAGCUGGCAAUGAUAAUAGCUUAUCUGAAACAGAAGAACCAGCAGAAGAAAGUAAAAAUGUAGCAGAUGAACAAUUAUCAACUGAAGAGCAGAAUAAUAUGGAUAAUGCUAAACCAGACAAGAUAGCUGUUGAAAAAAAUGAGCAGCCACCAGAGGACUUGUAUAGUUGCCCUAUUAUAGAAGAAGAAAACAAUGAAAACAGCAAGAACAGUGAUGAAAACAGCAUUCUAUCUGGGAUUUCUGUUUUGGAUCUGUCUCGGAAUGCAGAAUCUGUUCAUGAUUUAGCAGAGACAAGUAUCUGCAGUUCAAAUGAUAGUCAACUAGAAAAUGGAAGCUCUGGUGUGUCUGGAGAUGAAAACGCCAAUUCAGGUAAGGUGUUGUGUAACUUAAUUGGCAGAGUAUGUAUAGAGUCUAUCUAAUAACAGUUAUGAGCA